GCGGCUAAAUACGUCAUAUUGGUUUGCUGUACGAACAUCCUCCCACGCUUUCUUUAUUCUCUCACAACCUCCAACUCGCUAGUACUCAUCCUCAUCUCUCAUCUCUCAUUCUUCGUCAUGACCCAGUCGUCGCCAGAUGCAAAUUCGUUCCCAGACCUCGUCGAGCUCGAUGCUUUGCGGCUCACAGUUAUUGUCGACAACGAGGUCGACUUUAUGAGCUCGUGUCCUAGGGAGUUGAACCACACCACCCAGGCUCAAACGCUGUUCAAGGACAAACGAAACAUUGAUAAGGAAAGGUCGACCGUCGAAUCGGAUACAAAUGCGGGUGGUCAUCACGGGCACUCUUCUCACGCGCAUGACCAUCAUGGGCAUCCUUCUCAUACGCAUGGUAGUGACAGCGCUUUCAGGACCGUUAAUUUCCACUUUCAAGACGUUUGCUGUGGAGCGCAUGGACUCUCCAUCCUUUUGACAGGAACUAAAGACAAUGUGGAGCACAGGGUCCUUUUUGACACAGGUCCACACUCGGCUAUCUUCCUCGAGAACGCCAAACGCCUUGAGGUCGAAUUUGAGAAGAUCGAGGUUAUUGUGCUCUCACAUUGGCAUAUCGAUCAUUCUGGGGGCAUGCUGACUGCUGUUGAUAAGAUUCAGGAAGCGCGUAGUAAGGGUCAAGGUCUCGCGCCAGUUGUGGUGGAUCUGCAUCCUGACAGGCCAGAUGAACGCGGUAUUCGCCUCACAAGGCCAUCCGGGUCCCAUGAGCAACCGGACGUGUUCGACUAUGUUGCCUGGGGCAAGGAUCCUUCCUUUAAAGAACUGGAGGAUGCUGGUGCAAAGGUUUCCCAAAGCAGUCAGGCGCAUACAGUCUGCGAUGGAUUCUUUGGAGUCUCUGGAGUGAUCCCGCGUAUGACAGCCUACGAGACCGGGCUCCCAAACCACGCUCGAUGGUCGGUUGAGACGAAAUUGUGGAAGCAGGAGCAGGAGAUCAUGGACGAGCGCUAUUUGGUUGCGCGGGUGAAGUCUAAGGGAAUCGUCGUUUUGACGGGCUGCAGCCAUGCAGGCGUGAUUAACGUGUGUCAGGAUGUGAAACGCGCUUUUCAACAUGGGAAGGGCGCUGGCAACAACGAUUUGCAUUUUGUAGUGGGUGGGUUCCAUCUUGCAGGCUUGUCUAUGGAGACUAGGAUUAAAGAAACCGUGAGCGACAUGUUGGAUCUCAAUCCGUCGUUCAUGGCCCCAGGGCAUUGCUCGGGCUGGAGGGCAAAGGCGGCGUUGGAGCAGGCUAUGCCUGGCAAGGUUGUAUCUUUAGGAGUCGGAAGUGACUUCCUUAUCAACCACCAUGGGUCCUAAUUUUGUGGUGGUGACCAAGUCAGGACUUAGGCAUAGAGAACGUUGACGAGGUCCUUUGGCAACAAGCAUGUCUUUAUCAAACAUUCACAGUUGAAUGACGGUAAAAAAAUCAGAUACAAAUAAAAUGAUGUACAAAUGCC